AUGUGUCAGGAAGGUGGGAAAACGUGUGCCACAUCAACUGACUUCACUCCACAUCUGAGAAUUCAUCCAGGAAAGAGACCUCAUGAAUGUAAGGAAUGUGGGAAAACAUUUUCCUGCACAAGUAGCCUCAUUCGACAUAGAAGAAUUCACACAGGAGAGAAACCAUAUGAAUGUAAGGAGUGUGGGAAAAGGUUUUCCUACUCAAGUAAACUCAUUACACAUGAAAGAACUCAUACAGGAGAGAAAGCUUAUGAAUGUAAGGAAUGCGGGAAAACAUUUUCCUGCUCAAAUAACCUCAUUCAACAUAGAAGAAUUCAUACAGGAGAGAAACCGUAUGAAUGUAAGGACUGUGGGAAAAGGUUUUCCUACUCAAAUAGCCUCGUUCAACAUAGAAGAAUUCAUACAGGAGAGAAACCUUAUGAAUGUCAGGAAUGCGGGAAAAGAUUUUCUUUCUCAAAUAACCUCAUUACACAUAGAAGAAUUCACACAGGAGAG